AUGAAUCAUUUGUCUGAGCUGCCCUUACCGAAGUACAUAUGGCAGGUUAUAAAGAACAGUUCGCGUACGGAGCGGCUGUCGUGUGCUGCAGCGCUCAUCGUGUUGAUUGUCUGCGUCGCCCUCAUUGCCUACUUCUCAGUUAUGACGAGCAAGUCUAGGGAAGAGGACAGAGCACCACACGAAUGGAGAAUCACUCGUGAAAUGUGGCUCGCACAGCCGUAUAACUACACGUAUUUUACAUACGAUUAUGAACCGCUGUUGUUGGUCGUAAUACAAAACACAGUCGGCCCACAGUGUCAUCGCUUCCAAGCCUGUGCAGCCGAACUCCGAAACUUGCAAGGCUGGUUCAUCAAGGACAUGGGCUAUGACAUCCCUUACAGUUUUGCGGUUGGCAACGAUGGGCGUGUGUAUGAACUUCGUGGCUGGGGAGUUGAAGGCGCACAUACACGUGGCUAUAAUAGAUGCUCUGUAGGCAUCGGGUUCCUUGGCGACUACAGAGGAGAGAUGGAAAAUCACGCGGUUGUAACUCCCGAACAAGAGAACCGAACUCAAUUAAUACUGGCAGAGGGGGUGAGGCUCGGUCACUUGCGGAAAGAUUUCGUAGUAGUAGGAGCCAGAGAUAUUACUGACUCGGCUAGCCCUGGCUCCAACCUCUAUAACGCAAUCCGUCAGUGGCCCAACUACGACCAUCAAAACAGGUUCAACGGACUCACAUGCGACCAGAUACGUGAAAAGUUCAAGGACGUACCUUUACGCGAAGUUCCCAAAGAUGAAAAGUAA